UUACCCAAACCACUACCGCUGUCUCCUCCGUUACCUGCAGCUCUCUACAUCAAACCUAGGUGAGAAACCGGCUCCAGAUCCACCGACAGAGCCCUAGAAAUCUAAACCUCGAACCCAGUACUAAUUCCUUCAUCUAGAUCUCUCUCUUGUUCCCCUCACAUUGACCAAGCCUAGGGUUUCUCAUAAUCGUCUCAAAAUCUAGAUCCCAAUGUCGAGGAGAGCAGUUCCAUCUCGGCGGUUGAACGACGAUGCCGGCAUCCCCAUGGCGAGUUCUAUGCAGCAGAAGUCCAAGACCUCGCCUUUGGUCUCGGUCGGAUUGGUCGUUUUGGGUGUUCUGCUGAUUGUUGGGUACUCUUAUAGUAGAUCAGGUGGAUUCGGGGGUAAUAAAGAGAUUUCUCACUUGGGGGAAGGUGCUUCCUGUACGCUCGAAGUUCAACAAGCAAUACCUAUUCUACAAAAAGUAUAUGGCGACAGCAUGAGAAGAGUUUUGCAUGUAGGUCCUGCAACCUGCAGUGUGGUUACGAAACUAUUAAAAGAAGAAGACACUGAAGCAUGGGGUGCUGAACCAUAUGAUCUUGAAGAUGCUGAUAGCAGCUGCAAGGGCCUUGUGCGAAAGGGUUUAGUUCGUGUAGCUGAUAUCAAGUUCCCUCUACCUUACCAACCAAAGUCAUUUUCUCUUGUCAUAGUGUCAGAUGCACUGGAUUACUUAUCUCCAAAGUAUCUUAACAAGACUCUUCCAGACUUGGCGAGGGUGUCCAGGGAUGGUCUCGUUGUAUUUACUGGCUAUCCAGGCCAACAGAGAGCCAAACUUUCUGAUCUAGCAAAAUUUGGACGUCCGGCCAAACUACGAAGUGCAUCUUGGUGGAUUAGGUUCUUUUUCCAGACUGGCUUAGAGGAAAAUGAAACUGCAACAAAAAAGUUCGAGCAAGCUGCUAGCAAGAGAUCAUACAGGCCCAGCUGUCAAAUUUUUCAUCUCAGCUCUUAGCACUGCUGUGCGUCAUUUUUCUAGUUCAAGAUAAGUGUACCUAUUUCCACUAUCUCCGGAUUCUCAGCUCUCGUGUUGCUUAUUACAUUUGGAUGCAGAAUUUUUGUUGUAAUCUCCCUUGUAUUAAUUUUCUUAGAUUGUAAUCCUUUGAAAUAAUUGUUUGAUUGAAGUCAUUUUAAAAUGUUAGUGAUUACUUCUUGUUUACAAAAGAGUUCUAUGAAACUAGAUACCUA